CUUUUCUCCCCCGCAGUCCAACCAGAGUUCGGAUGGGUUGGUGAGGUUUACCUAUCCUAUCACUAACCUGGGUAAUCGAUAGCUUUACCCUUUUCUCCGUUGGACGGGGGUUCAUGGAAUGAGGGGGGCCGAGAGAAACAACCGCGGGCAUGAGAAAGUCUUAUUCGAGGUCCUCCUAAACUCGUAGGAAAGAUGAUGGUGAUGAAAAUCGGAAUAUGUUUUCCCUUUCGUCCAUCUACUCAUCUUCUCUUUAUUUCCUCCUCCUCUAUUUUCAUCGACUUACCACUGGUCUUACUGUCUGACUGACUAAUUCAAAACUUACUCCCUCUAAACCUCGAGAGUAGCUUCAUCAGGUCAUCAAUCUCCUACUACGUAUUUCACUCACAACCCCCUUACUCAAACCACAAUCGUCAUGUCUGGUUUACACGAAGUACAGACCGGAUCAGGUCGACUCGCUGGUAAAGUGGCUAUUGUCACAGGCGCAGCGUCAGGAUUCGGUCUGGCGUGCACCAAGAAGUUCGUCGAGGAAGGGGCCAAGGUGGUGGCGGCCGACAUGAACGGCGACGGACUCCAAAAGGUCUACCCGGCCAACUCGCAGUACGACCAGCACGUCCAGACCGUCACCGCCAACGUCACGGUCCAGGCCGACUGGGACAAGAUGGUGAAGACGGCGGUGGAAAAGUUUGGCGGCCUGGACGUGCUCGUCAACAACGCCGGCACGAGUUACAAGAACAAGCCCACGCUCGAGGUGACGGAGCAAGAGUACGACAGGGUCAUGGCGGUCAACGUCAAGAGCAUCUUCCUGAGCGUCGCCGCCGCCGUGCCCGCCCUGAAGGGCCGGGGCGGUGGGGCCAUCAUCAACGUCGCGAGCAUCGGCGCCAUGAGACCCAGGCCCGGUUUGGUCUGGUACAACGCCAGUAAAGCUGCGGUCGCCAAUGCGACAAAAGGUCUGGCGGCGGAAUUCGGCAAGGAUCAAAUCCGAGUCAACGCCCUGUGUCCCCUUUUGUCCGGCACGGGAUUGUUUGAACAAUUCGUCGGCGUUCCUUACAACGAGGAGAACAUGAAGAAGUUCCUCUUCAACGUCCCCUUGGGGAGGUUGACGGACCCCAGCGACGUGGCCAACAUUUGUGCCUUUUUGGCCAGUGACGAGGGAAAGUUCAUCACCGGUGUGAAUCUGGAGGUCGACGGUGGUAGGGCGGUCGGUGCGUGAGAGGAGAAAAAAAGAGUCAAUCGGAAGGAAGGAAGAAAAAAAGGGGGGCCAGGGGGAGGGGAAAAGGAGAGUGUCAAAAGGAAAUGGACAGUCAGACCGGUACGCAAGGCGGCACUUUGUACACACGAUGGAAUAACGGGAAUUGUCGAAUGAAAAGUGUGCUUGCAGGGAGAUACCCUAGGUACCUAUGUAAGAAGAGAAUUCCAGAUGGUACCAAG